AUGGCGCAAUGGCGCGGCCUGGCUGAAGCACUGAAUAGGUCCACAACUGUAGUCCUCUGCAGGACACAAAAUGUCAGAAAAGUGGCAGAGGAGUACGGCGUCCCUAAGUCCACGCUUAGUGACCGUAUCACCGGUCGAGUUUCCAGCGACCCUACCAUCCGUCCUGGUCCCCGCCCUACCAUAUCUAUCCAAGGAGAGCAGAGCCUCGUCGAAUACAUUAAAGUCUGUGCUCAAAUUGGUUUUGGCAGGACAAAGCAACAAGUCCUGUCCAUUGUUGGGGAUAUAGUGAGGGAGGGGGAUAUAAAAAACAAGUUUGUUGAUGGUAGACCUGGCAAUGACUGGUGGCUCAGUUUUAUAAAAAGAUGGCCAGAAGUACGUUUAUGUAGUCCCCAGUCAUUGCCACGUGAUCGUGCUAUCGCGUUAAAUCCAAAUGUUGUGAAAAACUACUUUGCCAUGCUGGGGGAUAUUCUAGAUAAGUAUGGGUUAAAGAACAAACCUGAACGCAUUUUUAAUGCCGACGAGACGGGUAUGCCACUUGACCACAAGCCACCUAAAAUUGUAAAGGUGGCUGGUCAAGAUGCGCAUACCCAGACCAGUGGCAAUAAAACCAACAUUACAGUGGUAGCGUGCGCAUCAGCCUCGGGGCUGUUGAUCCCGCCCCAGGUAAUUUUCCAGGGUAAAAGGGGGAUGGAUCAAACCAUGUUCCAGGGAAUGCCACCUGGAACAAGGGUUUGCAUCAGCCCCAAUGGAUGGAUUGAUUCCGAACUAUUUGAAACCUGGGUGACAGAGCAUUUUUUAAAACAUAUCCCAGCUGUUAGGCCAGUGUUGUUAUUGAUAGAUGGGCACAGCACUCAUGUUAGACUUGAGGUGGUGAUGAAAUGCAAAGAGAAUGGCAUUAUUCUCUUUGCACUUCCUCCCCACACCACUCACAAACUGCAGCCACUCGACCGGGGUUGUUUCAAGCCACUGAAGGAGCAUUACAAAAAAGAAUGCAAAGAUUUCAUGGAGAAAAAUCCCGGGCGAGUGGUUAGUCGCUUUGUGUUUGGAAAGCUGUUUGGUGCAGUCUACACAAAGAGUUGUUUUGACAUCUGA